AGUAAUCUGUCAGUUGUCGCUACGUGGCGUGUAUCUGUUGCUGCUGUAACCGGUUCAUUUUGGACCAAUUGUUCUGUAGACCAAAUAUUUCUGGAAGACGCUUUAUAUGAUGGAAAUUCUAUAUAGCGUUCCUUUUUCCAUCUUAGAGGUACCUAAUUUGAAGAUAAGAAAACCUUCAUGGCUUCAUCAGCCUUCAGCAAUGACAGUGUUCUCAAUAGUGCUGUUGUCGUACUUCAUGGUGACGGGAGGUAUCAUCUAUGAUGUAAUUGUGGAGCCACCCUCAAUCGGUUCCACAACAGAUGAACGUGGCCAUUCCCGCCCAGUUGCCUUCAUGCCCUACAGAGUGAAUGGCCAGUACAUAUUGGAAGGACUUGCCUCCAGCUUCAUGUUUACUUUAGGUGGAUUAGGUUAUGUAAUCCUAGACCAAACUCAAUCUACGACUAUGCCAAAAUUCAACCGAUUACUUCUAAUAUUUCUUGGAUUUAUUUGUAUUGUUAUCUCAUUUCUCACUACAUGGAUUUUCAUGAGAAUGAAGCUACCAGGCUAUCUUCAAUCUUAAAUUUGCUGGUGAACAAAGAAAAAUACAGUUAAUUACACAUU